UAAGUCUGCUGCUGACUCUCCGCGAAAUCCUUUAAGCCGGUACCCUACUGCUGUAGGUGUUUGUCCGCGGAGGCAGGAGUGUAGAGCAGGGAUCAAAUUGAAGAAGAUUAGAGUGAGACGGAUGACAGGAGACGUCGAGAAGAUGAUAGCCGUGGGGCUAGUGUGGGGUGCAACCAACGCGCUGAUGCGGCGUGGUGCUCUCAUCUGGGACGAAGCCGUGAAAAGCACAUCCCCUCCGCCUUACCCUCUUAAAAUCCACCAAAAACUCUUCACUGCUUUAAAGAACUGGCUUAAACUCCUCAUAAUUUGGCAAUACUCGGUCCCCUUUUUGCUAAAUCUCUCCGCUUCCGUCACUUUCUUUGUUAUUCUCAGUAACACGCCCAUCUCACUCGCCGUUCCUGUUACCAAUGCGACGACGUUUGCUGCUACAGCCUUGUUCGGAAUGCUGUUGGGAGAGAAGACUCGGGUCGGGUUGUCCUUGUUGGGUACGAGCUUUAUUGUUCUCGGUGUUUGGCUUUGUAUUAAUGCUUAAUCUUUUUUUUUUUUUUAUUGUGAUAAUCGAUUGAAUUCGUGAGAAGCAAUUCAGUUUCGUGUGUCAUUCAAUUGAAGAAACUCUGAUACCAAAAAAUUUAAAUCUACAAUUCAUGUUAUUGGAAA